AUGUCAGCAAACGAGAGAAGAAGACAUGUUGGUGAUCUGGAAUGUGGGGGAGGAGUUUGGCUUCAAAAUGUGGGGCAGUUCAAGUACUUGGGUUCGCUUCUCAAUAGUGAGAACAAGGUACGAGCGGACGUGGAAAGCAGGAUUUUAGCUGCAAACAAGGCGUACUUUGUCCACAUGAAACUAAUGAAGUCAAAGCUCUUAUCACGCAUGUCUAAGCUGCGGCUAUACAAAACACUGAUCAGACCAGUGGCCACCUAUGGUGCUGAGACGUGGACGCUGACUAGUAGAGAAGUGCAAGCAUUGCGUGUUUUUGAGAGAAAAAUUGUAAGGCGUAUCAUGGGACCAGUCAGGACAGAAUAUGGGUGGCGUAUCAGAAAUAAUGAAGAGAUUGCCAAUUUCAUGGGACCAGAAGAUAUUGUACGAGUUAUAAAGGCGCAACGCUUGAGAUGGUUGGGGCAUGUCCAGAGAAUGGAGCACUGCAUAAGUUGUUAA